UCAUCUCUCUUGCCUCUGCAUACCCCUCUCCUCCAUUACCAUCGGCCUCUCUGUCCCUCUGUCUGUCUGUGCAUCCGUCCUGGUGUUCUAGAGGAGGACCCCUCGGAGGAUGACUCUAUCAAGGGUUCACUGGGCACGGAGCCCUCCUACCCUCCUCAGCUUGCACCUCCACCAGGCCCUGAAGACCCACUGUCCCCAAGCCCUGGGCAGCCCCUGCUGGGCUCCAGCCUGGGUCCUGAUGGGCCAAGGACUUUCUCACUGUCCCCCUUCCCCAGCCUGGCAUCUGGGGAGAGGCUGGCUGGGGACCCGCUGCUGCCCAAGCACAUAAUGGGCCCGGCUGCCUUCAAAGGGGAAGCAGGCAACCUGCUGGCAUUCCCACCGGCCUUAUAUGGCAGUGCCAAGCCUCCAACGGCUCCCGCCACCUCAGUACUCGGCCCUGAGCCGGCUGGAGCCCCAGAGCCUGUGGACGGGGCUGGGCUAGAGGAGGAGCAGCUGGACACGGCCGAGAUCGCCUUCCAGGUGAAGGAGCAGCUGCUGAAGCAUAACAUUGGCCAACGUGUGUUCGGUCACUAUGUGCUGGGACUGUCGCAGGGCUCGGUGAGUGAGAUCCUGGCACGGCCCAAGCCCUGGCGCAAGCUCACGGUGAAGGGUAAGGAGCCCUUCAUCAAGAUGAAGCAGUUCCUGUCGGACGAGCAGAAUGUGUUGGCCCUGCGCACCAUCCAGGUGCGGCAGCGAGGCAGCAUCACCCCGAGAAUCCGCACACCUGAGACAGGCUCGGAUGACGCUAUUAAGAAUAUCCUGGAGCAGGCCAAGAAGGAGAUUGAAUCUCAGAAGGGAGGUGAGCCCAAGAACUCCACAGCCUCUGUGAGCAUCUCCAACGGCACAGCCUCCUCCAGCACAUCGGAAGACGCCAUCAAGAACAUUCUGGAACAAGCCCGCCGAGAGAUGCAAGCCCAGCAGCAGGCCCUGCUGGAGAUGGAGUCAGGACCCAGGGGCCGCUCUGUGCCUCCCUCUCCUCCAGAGCGACCCUCACUGGCCACUGUGAGCCAGAAUGGGGCCCUGGCCUGCGUGAAGCGGGAGGAUGGCGGCGGUGGCUGCAGCAGCAGCAGCAGCAGCAGCAGUGCGCAGGCGCCACUUGCUGUCCUGUCCCCGGCUGCGUUUGUCCAGCGGAUCAUCCGCAAGGUGAAGUCCGAAAUUGGUGAUGCCGGAUACUUUGACCACCACUGGGCAUCGGACCGUGGCCUGCUCAGCCGUCCCUACGCCUCCGUGUCGCCCUCCCUCUCCUCCUCUUCCUCCAGCUACUCUGGACAGCCCAAUGGGCGAGCCUGGCCCCGUGGGGAUGAGGCAGCCAUCGCCCCUGAGGACGAAGCAGCCAUGGGCGAGGAUGAGCACCCCAGAGUGGGAGAACUCAAGGCCGAGGCCGGGGUCCCCGAGGUGGGUGGUGGGCGGCUGCCCUACUACCCAGCCUAUGUGCCUCGCACACUCAAACCCACGGUGCCGCCCCUGACGCCUGAGCAGUACGAGCUGUACAUGUACCGGGAGGUGGACACGCUGGAGCUAACCCGCCAGGUCAAAGAAAAGCUGGCCAAGAACGGUAUCUGCCAGCGAAUCUUUGGGGAAAAGGUCCUGGGACUGUCCCAGGGCAGCGUAAGUGACAUGCUGUCACGGCCAAAGCCAUGGAGCAAGCUGACACAGAAGGGCCGAGAGCCCUUCAUCCGCAUGCAGCUGUGGCUGUCAGACCAGUUGGGCCAGGGCCAGGCCCCAACCCAGCAGCCCAGUGCCACGCAGGCCAGUCCCACUGAACCGAGGUCCUCGCCAUCACCUCCCCCAAGCCCCACGGAGCCUGAAAAGACUUCCCAGGAGCCCCUGGGCCUGUCGCUAGAAAGCAGCAAAGAGAACCAGCAGCCUGAGGGUCGGGCCAGCUCCUCUAGUGGGAAGCCCCUCUCGGGCAGCCAAGCUGCAGGGGGCAUACAGGAGAUGGUGGCCAUGUCCCCAGAACUGGACACCUACUCCAUCACCAAGAGGGUCAAGGAGGUCCUCACAGACAACAACCUAGGGCAGCGGUUGUUUGGUGAGAGCAUCCUGGGGCUGACACAGGGCUCCGUGUCAGACCUACUGUCGAGGCCCAAGCCCUGGCACAAGCUGAGCCUGAAGGGUCGGGAGCCCUUUGUACGCAUGCAGCUGUGGCUGAGCGAUCCCCACAACGUGGAAAAGCUGCGGGACAUGAAGAAACUGGAGAAGAAAGCCUAUCUGAAACGCCGCUAUGGACUCAUCAGCACAGGCUCCGACAGCGAGUCACCAGCUGUGCACUCUGAGUGCCCCAGCCCCUGUCAGCAGCCACAGGAGCUGAGCCUCACGCAGGCCAAGAAGCCGCGUGUGGUUCUAGCACCUGCCGAGAAGGAGGCACUGCGGAAGGCUUACCAGCUGGAGCCCUACCCAUCACAGCAGACCAUAGAGCUGCUGUCGUUCCAGCUCAACCUCAAGACUAACACGGUUAUCAACUGGUUCCACAACUACAGGUCCAGGAUGCGUCGUGAGACGCUUACCGAGGGAGCACAGGAUGACACAGACUUGGACCCAGGUGGGGGUUCCGGUGUCCUGGCACCAGGCCACACCCACAUAGACCCCACCCCGAAGAGCCCUGACUCAGAGGCUGAGGACCAAAAGCCCCCAAUGAAGAGCCUGAAGCUGCAGGAAUCUAAGAGUCCUGCACCCCUAGAUGCCCCAGACAGGGCUCUGGUGAGGAUUAAACAGGAGGAGGAUACAGAGGUGGACGAGGACAGCCAGCCCCUGGAUGUAGGGGAUCCAGACAGAGGACAAGGCAGCCCUAAAGAGGAACAUACCCACCCUCUGGAGAACAAUGAACUCCCAGAGCUGGCCCCUGGGCCAUUCCUUUCAGACACACCCAACCCAGACUGCCCCUCAUUGCACACCCCCCAAGAAAAGGAGGUUGGGGAGCAGGUUCACUCAGACCCUCUGAGUUUCAAGUCCACCUCAGAAUCCUCAUGCUGCAGCCUAGAGGGGCCACCGAACUCUCCCUCUGCCAUCUCUUCACCAGACCUCAUGACAUGUGUGUCACCCAUCCCCUCCUCCUCAGCCCCCAUCUCCCCAUCCCUACCUGGCAUCCCACCUGCCAAAGUGCCGAGUGCCAGCCCCACUGCUGACACAGCUGCAGCCUUGCACCCCAGCACCAAGGUGAACCCCAACUUGCAGCGGCGGCAUGAGAAAAUGGCCAACUUGAACAGUAUAAUCUACCGACUGGAGAGGGCUGCAAACCGGGAAGAGGCUCUAGAGUGGGAAUUCUGA